CACAAAGACCAGUCCAAGAAAAGCCAUAUUCAGCUGAGAGAUCUCACAAAGGCAAGUCAUGUUUCCACCUCUCUCUCUCUCUCACAGAUCAUCACACAAUCAAAAAAGAAAGAAAAAAAGAAAAAGAAAAAAAAAGAUGAUUCAAGAGCUAUUAGGAGGUGGUGCUGGACUAAUAGGAGAGAGAAAAAUCUCCAUCACCGGUGUUCUAGAGGGUUCCUCCCCUUCUCCCUCUCCUUCUUCAUCUUCUCCAUCUCCUUCCUCCUCUGCCGCCACCACUCCGGCGAGCUCUUCAGCCCCAGCUGAGAACCAAAACCUUCGGUGUCCGCGUUGCGAUUCAUCGAACACCAAGUUCUGUUACUACAACAACUACAACCUCACUCAGCCCCGCCACUUCUGCAAGACUUGCCGCCGGUACUGGACCAAAGGUGGCGCUCUCCGCAAUGUCCCGAUUGGCGGCGGUUGCAGGAAAAACAAGACUGUCAGUGUGACAUCAUCUUCCGGCAAGCCAAGUGGCGCCGCGGGGAGGUUAAAAACGGUUGUCUCAUCUGAGAUAGGAAAAUCAACCCUAGGCCUUGUUGGUGGUUUUGAUCAAGAGCUUCCAUCAAACCCUAUUCUAUGGGCCUCGCCGCAGAAUUCUCAUCUGCUUGCCUUACUCAGAGCCAAUCAAAACCCUAACCCUAAUUCUCUCACUGUGAAGGAGGAAAGUGUUAUGAUUGGAUCGCCCCACAUGAGCGCUCGAGCACUUGGCUUGAAUAACCAGGUUCCUUCUAUUGGUCUGUGCAACCCUUUUUGGAGAAGCAAUAAUCAACAACAAAAUCACCAAGCUCAAGUUCAACACCAUCAUCAUCAUCAACAAAAUCACCAUCAACAACAGCAACAGCAACAGCACAAUGGGUUUGUACUUGGUGAAGUUCAAAACACGGGUAUUCAAGAUCUGUAUCAAAGGCUUAGACCUUCAUCAGUGAACUACUAUCCUCAUCAUUCGCCGGUACUUAUGAGCAAUGUGGGUUCUUCAUCUUCAUCUUCUUCCGCAAUUUUGGAGUCAGCUCCUGUUGCGGCUGCCGGUGAAUUGGAUUACUGGAACCCGACGCUUUCGUGGUCGGAUCUGCCAACAACCAAUGGUGCAUAUCCUUAAGAAUCCUUUUUAUUUUAUUUUAUUUUAUUUUAUUACUUUCAUAAGCUAGGGUUUGUUGUUGUUGUUGUGGUGGUCUGGGUUGUGGUAUAUGAAUAUGGGAUGUAGAAUUAUUUUUCUUCUUUGCUUUGUUGCUCUUUUUUUUUUUUUUUUAAUAUUAUGUAUGUGUGUUUUGAGGUGUGUUAAUGUUUGGUUAAUUUAUGAGGGUGUACUUGUACCAAGGACCAAGAAGUGUUAAAAAUGGGAAAAUGUUAGGUUUUCUUGAA